UUCAGUUUUUAUCAUUAACAUACUCGUGAAACAAACAUGGCUUCUAUCUCUCCUUCCACCACCACGCCAACCACCAUCUCUACCUCCACUUUCUUCCCUUCAUUCCCUAAAACAUCCCAACUUUCCUUGAUCAAGAAGAGAAACCAUCGUUAUACCCCUAGAUUUUCAUGCAGAGCCACAAAUGAUGAUUCGCAAAACCCUACCACCAGAAGAGAUUUACUUAUUGGUCUAGGAGGCCUAUAUGGGGCAACAAGUCUUAGUGAUCCAUUUGCCUUCGCUGCGCCAGUGUCUGCUCCUGAUAUCUCCAAAUGUGGCAGAGCAGACUUGCCCACCGGUGCGCAGGAAACAAACUGUUGCCCUCCAGUACCAUCUACCAAGAUCCUAGACUUCAAGCGCCCUCCUUCAAAUGCCCCAUUACGUGUUAGACCAGCAGCUCAUUUAGCUAAUAAAGACUACAUAGCUAAAUACAGAAAAGCCAUUGAGCUCAUGAAAGCUCUCCCUGAAGAUGAUCCACGUAGCUUCAUGCAACAAGCCGAUGUUCAUUGUGCUUAUUGUAAUGGUGCUUAUGACCAAGUUGGGUUUCCUAAUUUAGACAUUCAAGUUCACAACUCUUGGCUCUUCUUUCCUUUCCAUAGAUACUAUCUUUACUUCUAUGAGAAAAUUUUAGGCAAAUUGAUUGAUGAUCCAACUUUUGCUUUGCCUUUCUGGAACUGGGAUUCUCCUGGUGGCAUGCAAUUGCCAGCCAUGUAUGCCGAUCCUAAUUCACCACUGUAUGAUAGUCUCCGCAACAAGAAUCACCAACCACCAACAUUGCUUGAUCUUGAUUGGAGUGGCACAGACACCCCCACUUCAAACCAAGAGCAGUUAUCUAGCAACCUUACCAUUAUGUACAGGCAAAUGGUGUCUAAUGGCAAGACUCCUAGGCUCUUUUUCGGUGGUGCAUACCGUGCUGGUGAUGAACCAGGCCCUGAAGCAGGUCCGAUUGAGAAUAUUCCACACGGUCCAGUUCAUAUCUGGACAGGUGACAACACUCAACCAAACCUUGAAGACAUGGGCAAUUUCUACUCAGCUGCUAGAGAUCCAAUCUUUUUCUGUCAUCACUCGAACGUUGACCGAAUGUGGUCAGUUUGGAAGACAUUAGGAGGCAGGCGAACUGACCUGACUGACCCUGAUUGGCUUAAUGCCUCAUUCUUUUUCUACGAUGAAAAUGCCAAUCCUGUUCGUGUCAAGGUUAGAGAUUGCCUGGAUACAAGAAACCUAGGAUAUGUUUAUCAAGAUGUUGAAAUUCCUUGGCUACAAUCCAGGCCAACACCAAGAAGGUCAGCCAAGAAAGUGGCUAGCAAUAUCUUUGGCCAUGAAAAGGAAGCACUUGCAGCUGAAAAGAAAAAGAACGCAUUGACACCAAUCACUGCUUUCCCUCUAGUGUUGAAUAAAGUGAUUAGUGUUAAGGUUGCAAGGCCAAAGAAAUCGAGAAGCAAAAAGGAGAAAGAAGACGAGGAGGAGCUUCUGGUAAUUCAAGGGCUUGAGUUUGACAAAACUAAAGCUUUGAAAUUUGAUGUGUACAUUAAUGAUGAGGAUGAUUCCCUUAGUGCACCAGACAAGACAGAGUUUGCUGGAAGUUUUGUGAAUGUGCCCCAUAAGCACAAACAUGGGAAGAAAAUGACUACAUGUUUCAGGUUGGCUCUUACAGAUCUCUUGGAGGAUUUGGAUGUUGAGGGUGAUGACAGUCUGAUUGUGACUUUGGUGCCAAGGUAUGGCAAGGGUCUAGCAAAAAUUGGCGGCAUCAAGAUUGAGUUUGAUCAAGAUAAAAAGGAAACCAUGGCGUAUAUUUCUUCUUCAUCAUUCUCCCCAACCACUUUUAGGAGCUCCUUCCUCCUCCCCUUCUCACCUAAAGUACUCGAACAUAUUCCAACGCCUAGCACUGUUCCAUGCAAAGCUACUAAUGAUCUCGAUCCCAAAAAGCCUACCAACAGAAGAGAUGUCCUCUUUGGUUUAGGAGGUCUUUAUUAUGCAAGCAGUACUCUUUGUGAUGCAUAUGCCAAUGAUGCCAAGGCAGUCUCAGCUGUAGACAAAACCAGAAGAGGGAGAGGGGAUCUUGGCCCUGGCAAGGCAGCUGAAACAAAGAACAUGGUAUUGACAGCAAUCAGCGCAUUCCCUUUAGAUUUAGAUGAAGUGGUGAGUACUGAGGUUUCGAGGCCAAAGAAAUCAAGAAGUAAAAAGGAGAAAGAAGAUGAAGAAGAGGUUUUAGUGAUAGAAGGGAUUGAUUUUGAGAGAGGUGAGUUUGUGAAGUUUGAUGUGUAUGUUAAUGACGAGGAUGAUCCAUCACCCAGAGGACCGAACAAGGCUGAGUUUGCUGGGAGCUUCGUGAAUGUGCCUCAUACAAGUAGGACGAAAGGGAAGGCUAGUUUGACACUAGCCAUUAAUGAAUUGUUGAACAAUUUGGAGGCUGAAGAUGAUGAUAGCGUGGUGGUGACUUUGGUCCCUAGGUCCGGCAAGAGCCCUGUUAUUGGUGGCGUCAAAAUUGAAUAUGUAAAAGAAUGAUCAAGAUUGAGAAUGUCCGUUUGUGUGUAAAUAUAUGCUAUGCAUUUAAUUUUGUUUCCUUUUUUGGCUUCUUGAGUAAGAGAUGUGAGGUUCCUGUGCUCUUAAUCAUAUAAAAUGUGCUUUAAUUUCAUUUCUGCGUGUAGUAAUCUUAUGUUUAGCAAAGAAAUGUUGUCUCCAAGAUCUAAAAAUAUUUUGGAGGAAAGAAA